AUGAAUUUAAUAGCAAAGAAAACAAACAUUUCAAACUCUUUCUUUAUUUUCAGAACUUUAACGCAAAAUUAUGUAAAAGAAACGGUAAAUGCUCAUGAAGUAGAACAUCAUUCCAACAUGAAAGAGUAUUGGUGGAAUAGUAAUGGACCAUUAAAUGCAUUACACUCUUUUAAUCCAUUAAGAGUUUCAUUUAUAAUAAAUGGAUUAACAAAUAUGAAAAAAAUUGAAACAAAAAACAUUGGCACUCGUCAAAGUUUAGAAAAUAUAAAAAUACUUGAUGUCGGUUGUGGUGGUGGAAUUUUAACUGAGGCAUUAGCGCGUAUUGAUGGUAAUGUGACCGGAAUAGAUCCCAGUAAAGAACUAAUAACAAUCGCCAAUGAUCAUUCUGUGAUUCUAAGAAACAAAAAUAUUAUAUAUUUCAAUGAAUCAAUUGAAGAGCAUGCACUAUCAAACACAGAAUCAUAUGAUGCUAUUGUAACUUCAGAAGUUUUGGAGCAUGUAUCCAAUAAAUAUGGCUUUUUAACAAAAUGUAUUGAUUGCUUAAAGCCUGGAGGAUCUUUGUUUGUAACAACCCCAAAUAGAACGAUUUGUUCAUGGUUGAGCGUUAUAGUGUUAGGAGAAACAUUAAAUUUCAUACCAAAAGGUACUCACGAAUGGGAAAAAUUCAUAUGUCCUCACGAAUUGCAGUCAAUUUUAGAAAAUAAUUGUGAAUGUGAUACUAUUUCAAUUAAUGGACUUUCAUAUGAUCCUUUUACAAACCGAUGGAGUUGGACUGACUCGACUGAUUUAUCUUAUGCCUUACAUGCAGUAAAACGUAUAUAG